GUGCCAGCAUGUGCCAUGAUGUGCCAGGCCGAGGUCAAUCCAGAGAUUCGAAACCGCAUUGGUUUGAAAAUGGCCGCCACGUCUGACAGCAACAUGGAUAGCAGCAUGCCCGACGGCGUGGAAACCGAAGUAUGCGAAACCAGCUGCGACGGUGCGUCGACCGCGCCAGCGGGCGCGCACACGUUCGACGCAGUCUGCCGGAUCGAGGCGACCGUGGUUACAGGGCUGGAGCACAUUGCACGCGACGAAUGUACCGACAAGCUGGGCGUCCGUCCAGAGACGGCGCGCGGCCGCGUAUUCUUCGACCUGCCUGUCGACCGAGUCACCGAGGUGUGGCACCUUCAAGGCGUGGACAACCUCUAUGUGGUGAUUGCAACGUUUUCGAGCAUGGAGGUGCCGUCGUCCAAGGAGGAAAUGGAAGCAGCACUUGUUCCACUAGUGGAGAAGAUGCGCUGGGAGACAGGCUUGGAGGUCUGGAGGCGGAUGCACCCAAGUGCCAAGUUUGAACUGGCCGAUUUCUUCCACCAACGCCAGAAAGAGCCUGACAGCGGUGCUGGUGAUGAGAAAGAGACCAACAAGAAGGAAGGCCCCAAGUUUCGGGUGACCUGCCAUCGGUCGGGCGAGAAUCACAAGUUCACCUCAAUGGAGGCGGCGGCCGUGUUCGGGGGUGCGGUGAACGACUUCUUUGGCUGGGGCGUGGACAUGCGCAACUAUGAUCUGGAAGUGGUACUGCACGUGGACCCUGGCUGCGUGUACGUCUGUCUGACAUUGACCCAGGCCAGUCUGCACCACCGGCACUUGGAGCACUUUGGACCCACUAGCCUUCGCUGCACUAUUGCGUACAACAUGCUCAGGCUGUGUGAUCUGAAGCCGAGUGACAUAGUGUGCGACCCCAUGGUUGGCGGAGGGUCCAUUCCACUGGAGGGUUGUGUGAAUUGGCCGCAGACUGUUUUUGUGUGCGGCGACAACCACCCCUUAGCUGUGCAGCGCACAUAUGACAACCUAUCUGCACUCAACGAAAAGCGUGCCAAGGCAAGUCCCGAGGGCAGCGGCCAGCUGUGCUUGGACGUGUGCCAGUGGGAUGCAUGCUCUUUGCCGUUCAAGACUGCUUCUGUUGAUGUCUUCAUCACUGACCUGCCUUUCGGCAAGCGAAUGGGCUCUCGACCAGACAACCGGAUGCUGUACCCCAGGCUGCUGCAGGAGCUGGCUCGAGCUGCCCGUCCUCGCACUGGGCGAGCAGUGCUCCUCACUCAGGACAAGAAGAGCCUGUCCCUGGCCGUGGGGCGGCUGGGCCGGCUGUGGAGGCAGUUGAGAGUGCACGGUGUCAACGUGGGCGGCUUGGCAGCGGCCAUCUACGUUCUGCGGCGCACUGACGUUGCCCUGUGAGGCCACUGGCUACUCCAACUGCCACUGCCGACUUAUUUGACAGGAAGGCUACCAGUCAAGGCAACCUGCUGGUUCAACGACUUCCUAUGUGCGACACAAGGGCCGUGUGUGCAUUCAGCGUGACAAGCCACAAAAGAGUUGUGACAAUCAGUGACUCUUUCUUUGUUCCCGCUCUGCUCCUCUCAAAAACACGAGGAGGGCUAGUGUACGGGUUGCGUGUCAGCAGCCUUGUAGAUGUUAAGAGGACAAGUUCAUGUUUGCUUUUGGUGUGCAGUAAAACUUGCCAACUUGC